AUGAAAAGUUUAAAGAGGGAUCACUCUUCAAACCCGCUCGCCGCCAAUGUCUCAAGCAAAAUCUUCGUCAGGUCAACUAAAAGCGGGAAGGCCCAGAAGAUUGUACGGGAACUAUACCUACGACAAGACAUACCAUGCUCCUCGAAGCUAUGUUCUGUGUGCUUGUCAUACGCACCAACUGACGCCAAUGGAAAUGUUACUCCGUUUGUGCUAUCUGAGCGGCCCGCUGGCACGAAAUCAUUUCCUCGAGGCCAUUACUUAAUGCCAGAUACGAAUGCGCUUCUUAAUGGUAUGGACCUUUUCGAACAGACAGGUUCUUUUUAUGAUGUGAUUAUUUUGCAGACAGUGCUGGAGGAGUUGAAGAACCAGUCUCUAGCUCUAUAUAACCGACUGAUUUCCCUAAUUCGGAGCGAAGAAAAACGGUAUUACCUAUUUUUCAAUGAAUUCCGAUUAGAGACCCAUGUCAGGAGAAGAGCUGUGGAAAGCAUUAACGAUCGAAAUGAUCGGGCCGUUCGAACAGCAGCAAAAUGGUAUGAGGAACAUCUUCGCAAUGCGGUGAAGAGAAGCAAUAUAGAGCAGACUGCCCCGGACAUAGUUGUCAUAACCGACGAUAAGGAUAAUCUUCGUAAAGGAGAACAGGAGGGAGUUACGGCCAUGUCGUUAUCUGAUUAUGUUUCUGGCCUUGAGGAUUCCAAUAGACUGCUUGACAUGAUCAACGAAGCUAAGUCUGCGCACAGUUCCAGGGCAACCAGGGGCCAACUGUUUUACCCUGAGUAUUACUCUAUAUCUAAGAUGAUGACUGGUCUUCGCGCUGGAACUCUGCACCAGGGAGUUUUCAAAGUUUCCCCCUAUAAUUACCUCGAGGGAUCAGUACAGGUGGCAGCUUUUGAAAAAUCUCUCCUUAUUCUUGGUCGAGAUAACAGUAAUCGAGCUAUAUCAGGGGAUAUAGUAGUGGUGGAAGUUCUUCCAAAGGACCAGUGGAAGGCUCCAUCGACAAAAAUCGUGGAUGAGGAAACGGUCACCAAAGAUGAAAAUGCCGAAUAUGAGGAAAAGGAAGCCGUGGUGACGGAAAAGGAGAGGAGAGCCCUACAGGUGGAGGUUCGCAAAGCGCACGUAAAGACUACGGAGGGUCGACCUCAACCAACAGCUCGGGUGGUUGGGAUAGUGAAAAGGAAUUGGCGCCAGUAUGUGGGAAAUAUCGACAAGAUAUCUACAGCCGCUCAAGCUCAGCCUGGUAGGCGACAGCAAACUGUGUUUGUCAUUCCCAUGGAUAAGCGAAUACCCAAAAUUCGGAUACGAACAAGACAAGCACAGGAACUUUUUGGCCAAAGAAUCCUAGUUACGGUCGAUGCCUGGGAUCGCGAUUCUAGGUACCCAACGGGCCAUUUUGUACGGUCUCUGGGAGAAUUGGAAACCAAAGGGGCCGAAACUGAAGCGCUACUUCUCGAGUAUGAUGUUCAAUAUAGACCGUUCCCGCAGAUUGUGCUUGACUGUCUUCCUCCAGAAGGUCAUAACUGGAAGGUUCCACAAAAUAUGGAUGAUCCUGGAUGGCAUGAUCGCAAAGACUUACGGGAGUUACUUGUCUGUAGUAUUGACCCUCCGGGCUGUCAGGAUAUCGAUGAUGCUCUCCAUGCUCGCCCUCUGCCUAAUGGAAAUAUUGAAGUCGGUGUCCAUAUUGCCGAUGUGUCCCAUUUCGUGAAGCCAAAUACACCUAUGGAUACCGAAGCUAGUAUGAGAGGGACAACGGUAUAUCUUGUAGACAAACGUAUCGAUAUGUUACCUAUGCUUCUGGGAACGGACCUAUGCUCUUUAAAGCCGCAUGUUCAGCGCUAUGCCUUCUCAACUAUCUGGGAAAUGACACCUUCCGCCGAGGUCGUAUCGUCAUCCUGUACCAAGUCUGUCAUCUUCUCUAGGGAAGCUUUCAGUUACGAACAGGCCCAGUUACGCAUCGAUGACAUAUCGAAAACUGACGAAUUAACAGAGAGCAUGAGAACACUUUCGAAGCUGUCGAAAUUGCUCAAACAAAAGCGAAUGGAUGCAGGAGCACUUAACUUAGCGUCUCCGGAAGUCCGCAUUGAAACCGAUUCGGAAUUAUCUGAUCCCGUGGCAGACGUUAAAACCAAAGCCCUCUUAGAAACCAACAGCUUAGUCGAGGAAUUUAUGCUUCUCGCAAACAUCACUGUGGCUUCCAAAAUUUUCAAGGCAUUCCCCAAAACCGCCAUGCUUCGACGCCACGCUACUCCACCACCUUCAAAUUUCGAAGAAUUAAUUGCCCAACUCUCUAAAAAGCGCAAUAUGACCCUUGAUGUAUCCAGCUCCCUUGCUCUAGCAACUUCUCUUGACCGCUGUGUCGACCCUGCCAACCCUUUCUUCAACACUCUUAUUCGUAUCCUAGCGACUAGAUGCAUGACUUCAGCUGAAUAUUUCUGUGCAGGAGCCCACGCGGAAUCUGAAUUCCGCCACUACGGCCUUGCCUCACCAAUUUACACCCAUUUCACUUCUCCCAUUCGGCGAUACGCGGAUUUGGUCGUCCACCGCCAAUUAGCUGCCGCGAUAGGCUACGAAGGUCCUGGUGCCUCUGCCGCAGAAGGUCUAGCUACCAGGGGCCGACUGGAAGAUAUUUGCAAAAAUAUCAACCAUCGCCACCGUAACGCACAGUUUGCUGGUCGUGCAAGCAUUGAAUACUAUGUCGGGCAGGCGCUCAAGGCACGUGGGGAACAGGAGGCGUCUAAACUUGGGGAGGGCGAGGGUACGAAUGCGGGAGUAGAUGAGGAAGGAUAUGUCAUGCGAGUUUUCGAUAACGGUGUUGUUGUUUUCGUGCCACGAUUUGGCAUUGAGGGUGUUGUGAGGUUAGAAGAUUUCAUUAUUCCCGGAAGCACCCAGGGGGACGGGAAACACGUUGCGGCAAGGCGGGAGAGUGAAUUUCAUGUAGAGGAUUAUUCAUUAGAGGUUUGGGAGAAGGAAGGGGAGAAUGGAACUGGUGGGGAUGCGAAGAAGAGUGUGGUGGUCAACUUGUUUGAUAGAGUCAAGGUUAAUGUUAGCUCUGUGAAGGAGGAAGGGGGCCGUGGUGCUGGAAAGAGGAGAGUGAGAGUAUUGAUUUUGGGCCAGGUUUGA